GUGAGUAACUUCUUCAGCUCAGUUCCCACUGCGCGGAUUACGCAUCUCGCGCAGCGCCGCCACACAUGGCCGAUCUCCACCCGCCGGAGCCGGAGACCAACGGCGGCGCAGCCGCCCCCGCCGCCGCCGCCCCCACCGUCGCGCUGCCUGCUGCAGACCCCGCAGCUGAAGCCGCCGCGGCGGCGGAGCCCCCCGCGCCGCCCUACUCCAAGCGCCGCCGCCGCCCCAGCGUGCGCCUCGGCGACAUUGGCGUGCAGCAGCCCACCGCCACCGCCUCCGACGCGCGCCGCCCCCGCAAGCCGUCCCACUCGCGCCCGCCGCGCCGCGCGCACCCGGACGACAUCCUCGACCCCGCCGCCGCGGCCGCGCAGCGCCGCGGCCCCCCCAAGCUCGGCCAGCGCCGCCCGCGCACGGCCUGGGUCCCGGCGCCGCCCUCGGGGUACGAGGACGACGAGGGCCACUACUACGACGACGCCUACCAGUCCGACUCCGCCGCGGCCGCGCGGGCUAGGGUUUCCGAGGCCAGCGUCGACGAGUCGGACGGCGUCGCCGACUGGGGCCUCCCCAACGGGCGCCUCCCCGGGGCGGCCACCUCCUACGGCGGCGUCCGGGCGUGGCUGGACGGGCUCGGCCUCGCGCGGUACGCGCCCGUCUUCGAGAUCCACGAGGUCGACGACGAGGUGCUCCCGCUGCUCACCCUCGAGGACCUCAAGGACAUGGGCAUCGGCGCCGUUGGGUCCAGGAGGAAGCUCUUCGACGCCAUCCUCAAGCUCCGGACCGGCAGCGACACCGUCUCCUGAGCCCGCCCUUGGUUUUCAUAAAUAGCUUGGAUAAGUCAUAUUGGGCGGUUUGAUGUCAAGGGUGGAAGGAUAGGGUGAGGUAUCGAUACAUUGUAAGUUUAGAUGAUCGAGCCCAUCCUUUUACCCAAAGCCACAGUUUCUUUGUGAAAUGCCAUUUUCGACAUGCCAUGCUUCUCUCUCUCUCUCAAAUAUUAUAGUCUUAUGAGCAUUAUAUAAUUAUUGGUUCAGUUGUUUUGUGGGGAUGUGUAGUGCCCUAGACCUUAUGAGUGGAAUUAAAAAAGCUAAAGAAAACAAUUCAUGAUAUUUUACAA